AUGAAGAAGCGCAGCUCUCUCAGACCUUGCCAAACAGUCACAAAAGGUCAAAAGGGCAAAGAAGUGCUGAAUACGCAUGCAUUGAGACGUCUCCAAUUAUCUAAAAUUGGAACCUCAGCAUCGACAACACCGGCUACUGCAGCAACACCUCCAUCGGAGGCUAAACCUCAGGUCAACGAUCGAAAUUCUAAAAUAGAAAGACUCCAGUUGAUUAAAGUUGUCUUGUUUGGUGCUCAGACUUAUUGGGCCUAUAUAUUUAUCCUGCCCAAGAAAAUUAUAAAGAUGAUAGAUGCAGUGUGUAGAUCAUUCUCGUGGAAAGGUGCUGCUGAGAGUCACCUGGGCAAAGCUGCUAUCUUGAAGCAUCUUUGGGCUGUUGCUCUCAAGAAAGACUCCUUGUGGAUCAGGUGGAUCAACAUUUUCUAUAUCAAGAACAAACCCCUGGAAUCAUUUCCUAUACCUAAGGCAGCUUCUUGGGUUGUGAGGAAAAUAUUGCAAACAAGGGACUUGCUACUGCAACAUGCGGGCAACUUCAGGGGGAUCUACUUACUAGACAAGCCAAAUUGCAUAGCAAGGAUGGCAAGAAGAAGGAAUGGAGAGAGCUCUAUUGCUGCAUACUGUUUUGCUAUGAUUAGGGAAGUGAUCAAGGAUUUGGCAGUGGCACAAGUGGAAAUGGACAAUGCUCAACCACUGAUUCAUCAGAGAAAACAAUCUCCUUUGAAGGAACUGCAUGAUGUGAUCUCUCAUAAUAUUAAUGUGGGAGCUGAGGUGCAAUAUGAUGAGGGCAAGAACAAAUUCAAUGAAAGUGAGGAAGAGGUUUCUGUGGAGCAGGUUUUUAAUAAUGUGGUCAAAGAAGCUGACAUCUCACCAAGAUCUAGGCAAAAAAUCUCUAAGAAAGGAAAGAAACAGGAUCAGGAACAACAGAUUACUAUAAAGUCGUUUUUCCAAGAAUGGGAUAAGUCACUUAUGGUAACCAUGGUUUAUGCAAAGUGUGAUCAACUGGAAAGAAUCAGUUUAUGGGAUAGUCUGUAUAGUUUGGCUGAUCAAAUGGAAUUGCCUUGGUUGGUAGGUGGUAGUGACUGUAUUUUCAAGAGACUGGAUAGAAUGAUUGCAAACUCAAAACUACAAGAUUGGUUUACACAUAUGGAGGUGCAACAUUUAUCCAGAACUGGCUCAGACCAUGCUCCUUUACUACUUACUUGUGGUGAAUCUUCACAUCACAUGAGGAAGCCUUUCAGAUUUCUAAAAUUCUGGACAGAACAUGAGUCCUUUUUGGGGGUGGUUGAUCAGGCAUGGAUCACAGAUUUUGAAGGGGAUGAUUUUAUCAGAUUCAAGCUGAAAUUGAAAAAUGUGAAAUCUGCUUUAACUGCUUGGAGUAAGGCAACUUUUGGUGAUAUUUUCAAGCAACUAACAGUAAGGGAAGAGGUGGUGAGAAUUAAGGAGCAAUGUUUUGAAGAGGAUCCUACUCCUGUGAAUAGGAUGGUGCUACAGCAAGCACAAGCAGCAUUGAAAAAAUAUGUUCAUUAUGAGGAAGAAUUUUGGAGACAAAAGUCACAUAUGACUAGUUUUGCCGAGGGUGACAGAAAUAAAAGGUACUUUCAUAGUAUUGUGAAUGGUAGGAGAAAGAGAUUGCAGAUCAGAAGAAUUCAGAAUCAACAAGGUGUUUGGAUAGAAGGGGAGUCACUGUUGGCAGAAGAAGCUUGUAGAUUUUAUCAACAGCAGUUUUCUCAAGAGGUUGACCCUUUAGAUUUCCAAUUGCUACAACAUGUUCCUAGUAUGGUGGAUCAGGAUACUAAUGAUCAGCUGCUAAGCAUGCCAACUUUAGAGGAGGUGAAGAAGGCUGUAUUUGAAUUAUCUGCAGAUAGUGUUGGUGGCCCAGAUGGUAUGAUUGGAAGUUUUUAUCAGGUGUGUUGGGACAUUGUUAGUGUUGAUGUAUACAACCUGGUGAAAGCCUUUUUUGAUGGCCAAACUCUUCCUAAGUCAGUCAUACAUACACACCUUGUACUGAUACCAAAGAAGAACAACAUUGAGACUUUUGCUGAUAUGAGACCAAUCAGUCUCAGCAAUUUCAUCAAUAAGGUGAUUUCUAGAGUGGUUCAGGAUAAGCUGGAAGGAAUUCUACCUUCUCUGAUAUCUCCUAACCAGUCUGGAUUUGUUAAGGGCAGAUGUAUCAUUGAAAAUGUCCUACUAACUCAAGAAGUUGUGACUGACAUUAGACUAAGAGGAAAACCAGCUAAUGUGGUACUUAAGCUUGACAUGGCUAAAGCAUAUGAUAGAGUAUCAUGGAGUUAUUUGAUCAGAGUCUUAAGGAAGAUGGGAUUUGCAGAAAUUUUCAUAUACAUGGUUUGGAGGCUGAUAGCGAAUAACUGGUACUCUAUACUCCUUAAUGGUCAAGCACAUGGUUUCUUUCAUUCCACCAGGGGGGUUAAACAAAGAGAUCCUCUCUCUCCUGCCUUGUUCAUCUUAUCUGCUGAAGUUUUAUCUAGAGCAUUGAAUUCUUUAUUUGAGAAUAAUGAAUUUAGAAGUUAUGGAAUGCCCAAAUGGAGUGCAAAUCUGAAUCAUCUAGCAUAUGCAGAUGACACAAUAAUUUUUUCAUCUGCUAAUGCUAGAUCUUUGGAGUUAAUUAUGGAGGUACUACAAGCAUAUGAGCAGGUAUCAGGCCAACUUAUAAAUAAAGGCAAGAGAUCUUUUCAUGUACACAGUAAGGUGUCUAAUGGGCUGAUACAACAGGUGGAGACUAUUACUGGUUUUAAAAGAGGCACUUUUCCUUUUACAUAUUUGGGCUGUCCUGUCACACAUUCAAGGAAAAGGAAGGCUGAUUACAAUGAUCUGAUCAAGAAAGUCAAGAAUAGGCUACAGACUUGGAAAGGAAGAUUGCUAUCAUUUAGAGGAAAAGUUGUUCUGAUCAAUAAUGUAUUAAUGAGUAUGCCAAUACAUCUGUUGUCAGCCAUCAAACCUCCAAAAUGUGUUAUCAAUGAUAUGCACAAAAUCUUUUCAAGAUUCUUCUGGAAUAAAAGUGAGGAAGGCAGAAGAAGACACUGGUCAUCUUGGCUAAAUCUGUGUAAGCCAAAAGAAGAAGGAGGAGUAGGAUUUAGAUCUUUGUUUGAUGUGUCUAAAGCCUUAUGUGCAAAACUAUGGUGGAAAUUCAGGACAACAAAUACUCUAUGGGCAAAUUACAUGUGGAUCAAAUAUUGCAAAAGGCACAGUCCUCAGACUGUGCAGUGGAAGGGAGGUUCUCAAGUAUGGAAGGCUAUGAUAGAGGCUAGAGAUAAUAUAGAGCAAGAAAUAUGGUGGGAACCAAGGAGUGGAACUGCAAAUGUAUGGUUUGAAGACUGGACAAAACUAGGGGCUCUAUAUCACAUCAUACCAGAAGAUUUUGUAAUAGAUGAGGGUGUUCAAGAUGUAAAAGAACUAAUGAUGCAGGGUGGUUGGAAUUUAGGAAAAUUGCAGCAAUUGUUUCCUAUGGAUAUUGUGGAUCAUAUACUAGAAGAAUUGCACCUUCAUGAACCAAAAGAAGAGUGGGAUAUGCCAAGAUGGAUGAUGACAGCAUCAGGCAAAUUUACUGUAGGCACUGCAUGGGAUUUACUGAGGAGCAAAGCAGUCAAGUCAGAUGUCUAUAACAAUAUAUGGAUAUCAGGGGUACCUUUUAAGAUAUCAUUCUUUUUCUGGAGGUUGUGGAAGUACAAAAUACCAGUUGGAGAGGUAGUAAGAAGGAUUGGGAUAGAUACUGAGGCAACCUGCUAUUGUUGUGAUCACAGGCAAUAUGAAACUGUGGACCAUUUGUUUGUUACAGGAAAUAUUGCUACAAAAGUGUGGACUUAUGUUAAAACUGUUGCUGGCAUCACAACACAGUUUCAACAAGUCAGGCAACUCCUUCAAGUCUGGUGGAAUACAGAUUGUCCCUCAAAGUUCAGACCAAUCUUUAAAGCUAUUCCAAUGGUCACCAUGUGGCAGAUAUGGAAGUGGAGGAAUACAGUUCUACAUGGAGGGAGGAUGUCCAUCAACAAAGUGAUUUAUGAGAUAAACAUGAUCAUAUAUCAAAUGAGUAGAAUGAGGUUCCCAGGGCAGCAAAACUUACCAAGAUGCAUACCUCAAAUUCUACAAAUAUUUGAAGCAUACAGGCCAAGAAUUGUAAGCAGGAUAGUGAAAUGGGACUUUCCUAAGCCAGGAUGGUAUAAAUGUAAUUCUGAUGGAGCUUCUACGGAAAAUCCUAGACCAAGUUCUGUGGCCUUUUGUAUUAGAAAUACAGUAGGUGAUCUCCAGUAUGCAGCAGUAAGAAGGAUACCAGAUGGUUCCAAUUUGAUAACAGAAGCAAGGGCACUACUUGAGGGUCUUGAAUACUGUGUUACAACAUGGGAGACUCCAUGGAGCAUAUCAAUGAUCAUAAAUGAUAUCUCAAGGUUGAGGAGGGAUAAGGAAGUGAGGUGA